UGCAGUUCUGGUGCAUUUCACUGUGACUAUGUUAGAUGUCUACCUGAUAAAAUAAGAUGCGAUGAAUACCCAGACUGCAAGGACGGAUCAGAUGAAAGGCCAUGUGACAUAAAAGAUAUGGCUUCAUGUAAGGAAUGGUGGGAGGAAGGAUUUAGGGAAUCGAGAAUGUACAAUCUCACAGUUAUUGAAACAACAAUCAAUGUAUACUGCGAGUUUGGCUCCGUUCGGCAAGACAAUGAACUGAUUACAGUAUUUCCCAAUGUUGACAUUGUGGAGUGGGAGAGUGAAUUCAUCUUUAUUACAUCAGACACAGGCGAAGAAAUACAACAAGCAGAUCACGCAAUUGACUUUUAUGCCAGUACAGAUUACAAUGCAAACUGCACACAAGAGAUAGUUCAGAUGUGCAAGCCACACAUUGAAGCUGCAGCUAGCACUGACGAUCCAGACCACAUGCACAUAUAUUCAUACUGCGUUUGUCUCAAUGUGACACUGGUUAUAGGCCUGCAACCAGAAUUAUCCUCUGUUAGAUAUUGCAAUACGUCUCAAUCACUAGACCAAGAUGAUAUUAACGAUAAGUUAUUGUUCACCUACAACUACUCGACGCAUCACAGAGUCAUACGAUGGAAAAAUAGACAUAUAGACCUUGAUAACAUAGUUCUAAAGAUAGGCAAUGUCAUUUGCAAAGAAGAGUACAGCAGUGACACUGACACAGUUACUUGUGAAGAAGGAAGAUAUAUUGAAGAUGCAUCAUUAAGAUGUCUAUAUGAUACUGACAGUUCUGGAUUAAUUAAUGGGUGCAGGUCGGGCUCGCACCUUCAUGAUUGUGAUUCUUUUGUGUGUCCAAAGGGAACUGUUAAAUGUCCGGAGAGUUAUUGUAUACCUUUGAGAUUUGUGUGCGAUGGCGAAGAGCAAUGUCCAAAUGCUGAGGAUGAGCAUGGAUGUGGUUGUGAAGAUACUGAAACGGAAGUGCUGAUUCUGCAUGAGGAACAUGCCAUCAGAGGUCCGGAUAUUACUAAAUUGUCAAAACAGCUGUAUACACCUAACAGUAUAAUACGAAUGUUGUCAAUCAAAUCAGCGCGACUUCCUGAGGAAAUUCCACAAAUAUAUAGACUUCUCCAAAUAAAGGACAAAGAAUUCAAAUCACGAGAGCUUAUAGACAGAAAUUAUGAAUGUGAGUACCAAAUACUAGCAAAUGAGUUCCUAAAGUCGAUAAAAUUUACACACCGGGAAAAGAAAGCCAUAUUAUUUAUACAAAGCAGUCCAGAAUCAGAAAAGAUAGCAACAUUAAUGUUUGGCAACAUAACCAAGAUGCCAGAAGUUACUAUAUAUCGUGCACUAGAAUCCCCUUCUUCUACUUUCAAACGACAAGCAUUACCUUCCGUCAUUGAUGUAGUGGUAAAGAACUGGAAUACAUUGUCUUCGUCAGCAGUACGAUAUUUGCCACAAAUAUGUCGAGAGGCAUUUUCAACGUCAUGCCCCGGAUCUUUCAAAUGUUCAUCUAGCAAAAUGUGUAUCACUCUGGAUCAGGUAUGCGAUGGCACGGCAGACUGUAUCUACGGCGAUGAUGAAUUACUUUGUAAUUUUGUGUGUCCUGAACGAUGCAUUUGCAAAGGGUUUGCAAUGACGUGUAAUAUUUCUAACUUUAAUAAAAGUGAAUUUAGUUUGUUUCCGAAUCAAUCACGCUCGUUAGAAAUCAGUAUGGAUAUCAAAAAUGAGGUUACGUUGGCAAAUGACCUAUUUAAUUUUCCUUUCAUGUACCUUCUAAAUUUAAGUAGCUGUAAAAUAAAAGAAAUUUACCCAGAUGCGUUCACAAUGCUGUCAAAUUUGAAAAUUUUAGACCUCAGUAACAAUUUGUUAACGAAACUGUCAAAAUUUGUGUUUGAUGGACUACAACGUUUACAGACCUUAAAUAUUGACGGCAACGUUAAACUAGCAACGCUUGAACAAUACACCUUCCAGUUCUUGCAAUCAGUAAAAGUUUUACGAAUUAUGGGCACCAAAAUAAGAAACAUUGUAUCAAAUACUUUUGCUGGGCUAAAUCUUACACGUCUGGAUUUGCAAAACAACAAAUUUCAAAGCAUUGAAGACGUUGGGUUUGGUAAUCUUGCGGUAGAACAUUUAUCAUUUCAAUCAAAUUUGAUUUCAACUUUCAACAAAGGAAUGUUUACAGGAGUAUCUUCGUUGAAAUCUCUUCGGACACCAGCUUUCAAGUUUUGCUGUGUCAGACCAAAUUACUUAUCAGAGGAAAGUUGUUUCCCCCAUAAAGAUGAGUUUUCGUCAUGUGAGGACCUGAUGCGAAUAUCCGUUCUACAGACAAUGCUCUGGCUAAUUGGAUUAUGUGCUCUCCUAGGCAACAUAUUAUCAGUAAUCUAUCGUUUAAAAUAUGACCGGAAACGACUGAAACUUGGAUAUGGUAUAUUCGUCACUAACUUGGCUGUAGCUGAUUUCUUGAUGGGAAUCUAUAUGAUUAUCAUUGCAGUUGCAGACGCUGUUUUCCGAAAGCGGUAUAUUUUCGAGGAUGAUUACUGGAGGAACAGCUACUGGUGUACCUUUGCUGGUAUUCUGUCAACAUUGUCAUCAGAAGCAAGUGUAAUGUUUCUUUGCCUGAUCACGUUGGACAGAAUACUUGUCAUUAAAUACCCAUUCGGGCAAGUAAGAUUCGAUACCAAGAAAGCUGUGGUAUGUUCAUUGAUUGCCUGGAUUUUAUGUUUAAUGAUAUCCUUGUUUCCUCUGAUGUAUACUGCUUAUUUCAUGGAUUCGUUUUACAAUAAGUCAGGUGUUUGCAUUGCCUUGCCUUUGACCAGGGAUCGACCACCAGGCUGGUUGUAUUCUGUGUUGGUUUUUGUGGUGUUCAAUUUCAUAACAUUUCUCCUUAUUGCUGUUGGUCAGUGGUCUAUCUUCAUGAAUAUUCGAAAAAGUGGAAAAGGUUUUGGGAAGGGACAGACAGCAAGGAAAAGGGAUUUGACUGUAGCAAGAAAUUUACUUCUUGUUGUGGCCACCGACUUCCUUUGUUGGUUCCCUAUAGGAUGUACUGGAUUAAUGGCUAUGUCUGGACGCGUUAUAUCUGGUGAUGUCUACGCAUGGACAGCUGUAUUUGUUCUACCCGUCAACUCGGCUUUGAACCCUGUUCUCUAUACAUUGACGGCUAUCCUUGGAAAAAAGAGCUUUGCACCAAGAACUAGCGAGCAAUCACGAAUAACAGUUCGCACGGCACUUGGGAAGCGAUUUCUGAUCAACAAAUAUAUUAUUAUGCGACGGUUUUAUGUAAAUGACGCCUCUUCUGAGACUGAGAGUGUGUACAAAUGCCUGGAAGAUACUCUACAAGAGCUAGGAGGUAUCCAACCCGUCAUUGUCUUGAAAAUAUCUCACCAACUAGCACAAACGCUACUCAUAUUACACAAGAGCUCUCUGAUCAUGGGACAACUUGAUGAACUUUUAUGUCAAGGUUGCCGAACAUGA